AUGAAUGAAGCAUGGUACGAUAAACUUGAUGAAAUCAAUCAUAAUGAUGCGGAAAAGCCAAUGAUUACUCUUGGUUUGUUAAGUUUUGGUGUUCUUGCACCCUUCUAUGUUGCCUAUCGCAAGCAACAACAAGAAGAACCUCAAGAGCAGUCACCAUUGAAUAAAGAUGAACAACGUCGUGAAAGAUGCAGUCGAAUGGAACGUUUUGUUGAUUCAUGGAGUACAGAGGCUGAAUAUAUAGAUCGUGUUCUUUUUCGCAAAUGCAAUAAGGAAAGUUCCAAUCCUGAUAUCUUUGAAAAAUACAACGUCAAAUCAUUACCAACAUUUUUAUUUAUUAAAAAUAAUGAACAAGUUGCACUACUUACUACUGGAGACCCUGUUCAAAUAGAGACCGCUAUUAAUGAUCAUCUUAACGGCAAAAAAUAA